UGGAAGCUUUCAAAGACAAGCUUUCCGUGGGCCACCACCACAACAACUACAAGGUGGUAUGAACAUUAUUCCAGGGCAAGGGAUGCAACCAAUGGGGGUGGGCCAGUUUGGCAUGACACCGCAACAACAGCAACAGAGAAUGAUGUUCCCGGGACAACAGCAGAUGAUGACGCAGCAACAGAUGAUGAUGCAACAACAGCAAGGCAUGCAGCAGAUGCCAGGGGGGAUGCGUCCGCAAGGACAGAUGAUGCAGACCCAAGUUGGUAUGGGUAUGCAGCCUCAGAUGCAUGGCAUGCACAAUCAGAUGGUUAGACAGGUGGGGCCUUCACAGCAGCAGAGAUUUCAACAGCCUGGAUUCCAGGGACAACAGAUGCCUAGACAACCUGGAGGUUUUCAACAUGCUGGAGGAAUUGGAUCGAAUACAUCACCACAGUAUAUGGCGCCACCACCAUACACACCCCAAAUGGCUCAGAGUUACACAAUGAGAUCACAGGGUCAGACUCAGAGGCAAUCACCUCCAAAUAAACCAUCACAGCAACCAGCAAAGACAAUGGAGGAAGCUUUAAAGCAAAGGAAUUUCCAGUCAACUCAGCGGCGUCUGAUGGAGCUUGGCCGCCUAGGACCAAAGAAGGUUGAUGCGGAUAGCAUGAUUGAAGCUAUAAUCGGCAAGAAGGAAGCAGAAAAACAAAAAUCUAAACAGUCACCUAUUGAACCAGAGAAGACAUCUGAUCCUGAUGAUGGGUUUGGAGAUUUCAUACAAGGUCCAACUUCAGAAGCCAACAACGCGCAAAAGGACCAAGAAACUUGUGAAGUUCGACCUGGAGACCAGGAAAACAGGUCUACCAAUUCUCCUGGUCAGUCUCAAGAAAAGAAAGAUAUAAUGAGCAUGAUGCUCGAGUGUUCCGAUCUAAAAACCAAAACCAAAGCGAAGACAUUCCAUAAACCUACAGUGAAAGAAAUUCUCGUAACGAACACUCGAUCAGCAUCAUUCCAACAGAGUCAAAAUGCAGCCAAGUGGCAAAAUGCUACAGAUGCCGUUGCUGAUGCCUUGUCUGAAAUGUUUACUGUAGAAGUGAAGGAACCCGAACCUCAACCAGUUCCGGUGCCCCCAGAAAAUUGUCAAGAACAGGCAGGUCAGCAACAACUCCCACCAGGACAGUACCCAGUACCUGGUCAGCAACCUGGGCAAGUUUACAUUGAUGCCUCUGGUCAACCCAUUUAUCCUCAAGGACAAAUGCCAACGUCUGUGGCUGGUCAGGGUCAUCCGGUUGGACAAGGGGGUCAACAUGUACCUCCUCCCCAAGGCAUGCCACCCAGCAGUGCUGGCAGCCCUGGAGUUCCACCUCAUAGUGCUGCAGGAUUCAGUGCCCCACCAUACAGCAUUGCUGGGCCUGGUGCUCCAACCCAUAGUGCGGCAGGAGCCAUCAGACCACCUCAUAUUGCUGGAGGGCCGAGUAUACCAGCCCACAGCGCUGCAGGAACAAUUAGGCCUCCCGGUCCAGGACUUGCUCCAGUGCCUGGUGCUCAAGGGAACCCUCCACAGAAUCGACAAACUCCUCCAAUGCAGCUGCCACCACAUAUUCCUCCUAUGUUCUUCAAUGCCACUGUUAUACCUGAGCUCUAUCUUCAUGUCCUUGAAGCAACUACACAAAAUGGUGUGAUAGAUACUACUCUAGUCUACGGUCUUCUCCUGAGGAGUCAGUUACCCAAAGAAAUCUUGGGUCAUAUAUGGAGUCUUGCCAAUAGGAUAAUGCCUGGUCAGCUCAUCAAAGAAGAAUUGUAUGUCAUCUUGGCCAUGAUAGCCAUGGCACAGCAAAAGAACGACAUAUCAACUUUAGAGAUCUUGAAGGAGUUUCCUCAGCCGCCAGUGCCAAAUCUUGGCCAGAAUGCUCAGAGUCAGCCGAUGCAGAACCAAGCACCUCCAACCAGUCAACAGCCACAAUCAGUGCUAUCCCAACCAAACGAGGCUCUGAAUCUCCCAGCAGAUGAUCAAGAUGAGUUUGCAGACUUCCACCAAGCAUCUGUUUCAAAUUCAAAUUCUUUUGGUGAUUUUGUCUCAAGCCCAGCCCAUCUAAAGCCUUCAGCGGAUCAAAGUUCUGAGAGCAGCUUGACAUUCCCAGCAUCAGCAGCCAACAAGAAAGAAGAGGUUGACAAUUUUGAGGAAUUCAAAUCUGCCAAACCAAGUGCACCUCCAACAGUCAAGGGGAAGCCAUUCGGACAUUUCUUAAAACAUGACCACCAUAAUCUCAAAGUUCACGGACAAAAAGUCCAGGAUCUGCAUUUUGAUUUUGACUCCUGUAAGGGGUCUGAGUCAAGCUCUCUCAGCAGUUAUAAACUAGACUCUCUGUCUCAUGGAUCUGAUAGUUCAAAAACGUCGGCAAGCUUUGCUGAUAAUGAUGACUUCGAUGAUUUUAGAUCUGCAGAAAGUAGUGAGAAUAGCAGUUUUGGAAGUUAUGGUGGAUAUCAACAAAGUGUUGUGUCUAAUUCUACAUUGAAGGAACAGGAAAUUAUUGGCCAAGAGGAUAAGUAUGCUGCAUUCCAGGUUAUGAAAACGGAAAUACCUGAGCCGGCGCACGGGAAAUAUUCUAUGUUCCGAACAGAGGAUAUUGGCAAUGAUGGGAGGCCAAUCAAUAUUGGUGAAGCAAUCGUGUUUAAAGAUUUAGAUAAAGACGGGAGCGGUGUGGAAGCCGCUGAAACCAUCCCCACUGUUGCAGAAAAAUCUGAGCAAAAGGAUGAAUGGGCUAAUUUCCAGGGGGCUUUCUCCUCUCAAACUGACGAGUCCCUUACAAGUGGGUUAGGUGCUAUGACUAUUAAAGGGGCUACUGUUGACUCAUUCGGUAACUUUACACAGGCACCCCCUGCUGCUCAGAUGUCUGAGGAUUCUGAUCGCUACAGUGCAUUUAGGGACUUGGGUGCUAGUACUAAUACUACAGAAGGAUUGUUCACCUCUAGUCAGGGGGAGAACAAAGACAAAACAGAAUCGAAUGUGAUUGAUGAUGACGAUGAGGACAAUAACUUUGGUGACUUCAGUAGUUUUUCCUCUGCACCUCCAGCAAUGCCCCCAACUUUACCAAAUACUGGUACCACAACGUCAGAGUUCAAUGUUGUUAAGCCAAAACCAAUCAAACCAACAAAGAAUAUCUUCUUACCACAACCGAAGACCGUUGGGUUUGUUGAGCUGUCGUAUGGUGCAAUGCCAGAUGAACCACCAGAUUGGGAUGAUGGCGAUGACCAUGAAGACGAUGAAGAUUUUGCCGAGUUUACCGGUGUGUCGUCGCUACAUUCACAAGACUGGAUAGGUGAUACUGAUAAUGUACCCGGAAAAUCCCGAUUUCAGACAUCACACUUCAAACCUCGAACACUUGAUACAACUCGAAAAAUUGAUAUUGGCGGUGAGGCUGAUGUGCAUAGUCCGCCAUCGUUGACGUCACCUGUUAGCGAUUCUAAACAGGAUGAUUUAGCCAAGAGUCAGUCUCUUACCAGCCUGGACUCGCUGUCUAGCAAUAAAGUUCAGUUUAAGGAGGACACACAGUCUGUUGGAAGCUUUGACUUUAGUGGCACCAUCAAAAUGAAGGAAUUGAAAGACCCUGCUGCUGUAGGUACAGACAGCCAUUCCAUCUCAAGUGCUGGGUCAGGGGAUUCGGUUGAGAAGAAGUCAAACCCAGACCAACAGUCCGUCAGGAGUUUGGAAUUCAAACAAGGAUCAGAAGUUGAGGUUAAUGGGGAUGGAUUUGGCGAGUUCAGUUCCUCGAUGCCGAGUAAUAAAUCAGUGAAUGGAGUUGGUGAUUCUCAGCCGUGGUCUAGUGUUAGUAAUGGAGUUGAUACUAGCACAUGGACCCAGGCUCCCCGAGAUGCGAGUGAACUUUUGACUGAUGGCAGUGCCGUUCUUGGCGACAGAUACAGCUCUGCCACGCAUGAAAUUCAGCAUGUUGAGAAGCAUGCCUACGAAUGGGAGCGAUGUUUGGAUAGCUGCCUCGAGAUGAUCAGUAAUGCCAACGACGUGUUCAACUCACUAUCUAGAUCUGUCUGCAACGAAGUCAUCAAAUCUGAACAAGGAGCAGAAUAUGUCGCAAGUGUCAUCGAGAUUUAUCGUGUUGUUUGUCGUAUUACAUUGUCUAUAAAGGUUUCAGCUGUUACCAAUUCCAAGCUGCUGAAGCUUCUAAAAGAUAUUGAUCUGAGUUGGAAUAACCUCACAGCAUUUAUAUCAACCAAUGCUGCAAUGCCGGACUCCUCUGCCUCGUUUGACUAUCGCUCUUGUGUUCUCAAGUCAGACGAGUCUGAUGCUCAGCAGAAAGCUUGCGGGAUAUGUCUGCUUAACGUUGAUGGCCAAAGUAGAUCAUCUUCCAAGGAGGAAGUCAAUAAGUUCAUGUACGGUGGUCGUCAGUAUCAUGCAACUUGUGCCAACUAUUGGGUGAACUGUGUUGACUCUAUGCUCCCAUCACUGAGGUUGCCUGAAUUGUUGUAGUGGAGAACAUUUUGGAUGGUAGAAGUUGGUAAUGUACUAUUUUGUGGUUACUACAUGUUCUGAAAAUAGCAUUUUUGUACUGGGAUGUUUUUAUGGCCAACCAAUAUCUCCUUCUGUCUUUUGUCGUAGCUCGGCCAUGAAUUCUUGGUUAUGACAAUCUAUUGACAAAUUUUCAUCAAUUAUCCUAAGAUACUAACCAAUGACAUUGUUGUGUUAAUGACUUUAUUCAAUUCUGCUCAAUAAGAGCUUGGCAAUGGUUUUUGCCUAUUCUGAUGUAUCUUCAGACAGUUAACCCACUGUUAGAAAUUCCUAAAUACGUGUAUGACAUAUAAAUUUUUCUUUUAAUCGAACAUUCCAAUGAGUUUUAGAAAGCCAUUCCAUUAUUUCACAAAACAAUCUGUUCUUCAUGGUGUGACAGUUUAAAAAUACUUAUUUUUUUCAACCCUUGUAACCUUUUUGAUUAUGUGUGUCUCGUUCUAAACCAUAAGCAAGUGUAUGGUAUUUUAUAAGUAUGGAUUUGUCCUAUAGGUGAUGUCGUCACCAUCAUAUGGACAGUAAACAUGAGGCCACGGACUGCAAAGCAACGUCAUCACAUGCCAAUUGGCAUAACAUAUUUUUAUGUCCGUGUCAAUUGUGCUGCUUGGAUGUAUGGUUAUCCUUCUGUUGUCUAUGGUCACAUGUUUGCAAUAUGGUGACAUACUGUGUCACAUGGUUUAAGCUUGUUGAGGGGUGCCUAUGGCAGAUGAUAAAGGCCUACUGUACAGGCUCAACCACUUACCCUUAUACACAGUGCAUGAAUAGUAUUUGUCCAGAUAACUGAUCAUUCUAGUCAUUUAGUCUUAUCUAUUAAAAUCUGUAUUCUCAUAUCUCAUGACUGUUGUUUUGUUCAGUGAGCAUGUCAAUAUUUAUUUCAAUAUAUUGAGAAAGAAAAACCUUACAUUUUUGGCCUCACCCUGGACCCCCUCUCCUUAGAAAGACAACAUGUAACAAGUGUGUCUUGUGGCAUCAGCAGUUUAUUAGGUUGGACACUGUAAUGUCUUCCAAUGAAAUGUGUUGUCAAAUCAUAUUGCCUGCAAAGCUAUGUUUGUCUUGAUGGGUGAUGCUUGUAAUAUUGAGCAUCCCAUUGUUGGGACAGAAGUCAGAAAACCGGCAUAUUUUAUUGAGCUAAUGCACGGAAAUUAUUUAAAGUGCUAAAUUGUUUUGAAGGAAUAUUGUCAUAUAAAAUGCAUGAAAAUAUUGUGCAUUUCGGUAUUUGAUGUUGAUUAUAACCAUGAAGUUGUAGUUACUGGUACCAUAGUUAGAGUUUGUGCAAUAAUACUACCCUAAUGAUAUUAUCAUUGUUAAAUUGUGCUUUUGUCUGGGUCCUUUAGACAAUAUUACAGAUUGAAGAAUGUAUUGCGUAAAUUCAAGAAACCCAGAUCUAUGAGUUGGCUGUUCAGAGUUCAUAUGGAUUUAUUCAUAAAAAUAAUGUCCAAAAAAGUAUAACAUAUAUUACAAGUUUUGAUUUCUUAGUUUAAGAUUCCAUUAUAAGCUGUGAUAGAGGCUAAAUGUAUUGAAACUUAUGUUUUUAUUUGGCUUGAAGCUGAAAUUCGAAGUGCUGAUUUACCUACAGCAGUAAAAGUGUCAACUUUAGAUAAGGAGAACUGAGCACUGCAACUUGUGCAUCACCAAUUAUGAAUUCUUUGAAGUAUACUUGAAAGUAUGAAUCAUGUUUACAACAUGGUUCUUUAUCAGUUUAUUGUAAAUAAGUGUUGUAUAAAUUAUUUCUUUGUCUUAUUUAUGUAUAUACUGUAAGGUAAUGAAUAAAUG